ACUUCACCGCCGCUUCACUCUCCAGGCAAACCGCCUACUUACUUAACAGUGAACGCAACGUGUGGUCGGUUGCCACAGUCAGACUAGAGCACUCCGUGCCUCGUUACGGUGAUUCCAAACGGGAGAGGACAAGUCCUUCCACAUUUCUACAACAAAAGGGGGGUGCAGUGUGCGGGUGGAGAAGCAGACGAGGUGAAGAAACCACUGGCCUACUUUUCCCUACAGCAUUUCAAGAGGAGGCUGUGGUCCCUCUGGGUGCAAGAAACACCAUGUGCCAAAACUGUAAAGGAGUUCCCACCGCCUCGUAAGACUUCCAGUCCUCUUGUGAACCUUCCUCUCUAGUCUGAGGACCCCCGUUAAUCCCCCACGUUGCCGACUGGCAAAGAUGAAGAAGGUGGAGCAAUGGUCAGCGGAGGAUGUCUCUGACUGGCUGAGCAAAGAGGGGAUGCCUGAGUACCAGGAUGCCCUCCAUCAGACAGACGGUCCUGCUCUGCUCAGGCUCACAGAGGCGGAUUUCCGGAAUCCUCCCCUCUCGCUGCUGUCAUGUGACGGCGGGCAGCAGAUUACGGAGCGGGUGAAGACGCUACAGAUUGAGAACCACAUGGUCGCUCACAAAAACGGUCACACAAACGGACAUGUUGUCGGACUACCUAACGGUACGAGCAAACCCCUGAAUGGCACAAUGGGGAGGAAGGACCUGAGGAUGGAGAUGGUGCACAUCCACAUCCCUACAGCGGAACCGUCGCGCUCCUCUUUUCCUACGGAGUGGAGGAAGACGGGCGCGGCUUUUUGCUACGCCGUGGUGUGCUUUGUGACUACCACGAUUGUCAUUUCCGUGGUCCAUGAGAGAGUUCCUUCAAAAGAGCACACCCCGCCGUUGCCUGACAAGUUCUUUGACCUGUUUAACAGAGUAGAGUGGGCCUUCUCCAUCUGUGAGAUCAACGGCGUGCUGCUGGUCGGACUGUGGCUCGUACAGUGGAUUCUGCUCAAGCACAGGUCAAUUAUAGGCAGGCGGUUCUUUUUCAUUGUGGGCACACUCUACCUGUACCGGUGUAUUACAAUGUACAUCACCACUCUGCCUGUUCCAGGGAUGCACUUCAAAUGCUCUCCAAAGCUUCUCGGGAACUGGGAGGCACAGAUGAGGCGAGUGUUGAAGAUGAUCGCGGGCGGGGGCCUGACCAUCACCGGCGCCCACGACAUGUGUGGAGAUUAUCUGUACAGUGGUCACACUGUCAUGUUAACACUAACAUACCUCUUCAUCAAGGAGUAUUCUCCAAAGAGGUUCUGGUAUUACCACUGGUUUUGCUGGACCUUAAGUGCUGUGGGGAUUGUGUGCAUCCUUCUGGCCCAUGACCACUAUACUGUGGAUGUGGUGGUGGCAUAUUUUAUCACUACACGCCUCUUCUGGUGGUACCACACCAUGGCCAACCAGCAGUCGCUGAAGGAGACGUCGCAGGGUAACCCCUUCUCGCGGGUGUGGUGGUAUAGGCCGUUCCAGUACUUUGAGGAGAACGUCAGCGGCAUCGUCCCGCGCAACUAUCAGCUGCCAUUUUCGUGGCGAGGCUUGAACUGGAGCCGCGGCGUAAAGUACAGCAGACUGGACCUUCAGUGACUCGCGACUUGGGACUGCGACAUCCAUAAGUGCUGUUUUUUGUUUUGUUUUUUUUUUUAAAAAAAGAAAACCCACAGAGAAGAUGGCACUGUUCUUUUGUAGCGCUGUCCUUUCACCUCUAGUAACAGACACAUCCACGUCCAAAAGGGUAAAUGGGUAGCACUGUGACCCACCUAGUAUUUUUUGUUUUGUUUGUCCUUUUUUGUGUAUGUACAGAAUUCUUUUUUCUUUUCUCGUCAUCAUUUUCUCUUUUUGUAGUAUUUGUCAGAGAAGUAAAUUAUAUUUGUUUUGUGUCUUUUCCUCUUUGUGGGCACAGUUUCUGCUUCUGUAGCAGAUCUAUGAAGCAUUUCAUCAGACUACAUGUUUUGACUGUAAGGACUCAAAAACCUUUUCUUCCUCAGCACUAGGCAUGGGACGAUAUGAACAUUUCAUAUACCUUACAUUUAGGUACAAACUAUUACUAUUAUUAUUGUUGUUCUUUCUUUGCGUCACAAAUGGGGGUUACAUACUUCCAAAAUAACAUGGUCAUAAAAUGACUGCAAAGGUUCUACUCAAUCACAAGGACUCUAUGUCGUCGUCACACCAAGUGUUUUCAAGUUUUGCAGUUUUGCCCGUUUGCGAUUUAUCCCUAAAAUGAUAAUUAAUCGCAGUCGGCUAAUUGCGAUUAAGUGACGCAUGACAAACUCAUAUAUCGUCCCAUCCCUACUCAGCACAAAACCAUACUUUCUUCAUGUUCUUAAAACAUUUUUUUAGCGCUAGUCAUGUCAACGUCCAUCGCUUCUUUGAUAACCAAAAAUGCCAUAAUGCUAUUUUUUUGAAUAGCAAAAUUACUUUUUGUAAAACGGUUUCUUGCUAUAAACAAAGUCAACGGUGCAAAAAAAAACAAACAAAAAACAAACUAGAAGAUAACUUUUCUAAGUAUGUCAAACUUUAUUUUUCAAACGCAAAAAUGAUGUCCGAUGAAAAAAGAUUUUUUAGAUUUUUACCUUUUCAAGAUUGAUAUCUGAGAGCAUAAGAAUCUAAUGUGGUGUAACCCGAUUCCAGUGCCUUUAUUAGCUUGAUUGUAAAACAGUUCAAGUAACUAUUAUGUGUCUUGUUUCUUGUUGUCGUGGGUGUGAACACGCCACGGAAACCAGUUUGUACUUAGUUAACAGUCUAAUUCCCAUGAAUGUAAAAAAAACAAAAAAAACAACCAACAACUACGCCAGCCUUAGCAGAAGAUUGGUCUUCCCAAAAUGAAGUGCAGUGAGUGAAAUGUACCGUUAUUUAUUGAUGCUUAAUGAUGUCAGUUUGUGCUUAGUUGAAUACUGCUGUUCAAAUAGAUGAAAAAAAUUGACUGUUAAUUAAUUUUUAUGUCCGUAAAAUUUCAUUUUAACCACCAGACACGUUUAAACCCUGGUCAUUGACACCUCCCAGUUUUUUGUUUUUUUUUAACCUGCUCAAAUGUCACUGCCUGUUUGGAAAUGUAUGUAUUGGAUGUGUAUGUAUUUGGAAAAUACCUCCAAGGUGCAAGUUAUUCUGGACCUGAGCUUGAAAUGUGUAUUGUUGUUGCUUAGGAGAUGAGGAGUCCUGAUUUGUUCCCCACAUUAGACCCCAGUUUGGAUCAGAAUUGGCCCCCAAUAGUGGGGAGGGGGGGUUAAAAAUGGCGAAAAACAGAAGCUUCAGACAAAGUUUCUGUGCGGAAAAUCUGUUAUAUCUUGCACUAAAUGAAGCCACUACCUUUUUUAAAGACGGCGUACAAAUCCUCUCCAGUGUGAUACCAAACGUUCAACAUGGAACUUGAAUGUGGGGAACAAAGUGAAGAAGCAUGAAAGCACAGAGCUGGUGAUUUAUACUUUUUUUUUUUUACUUUGGCCGUUUCGUGCAAAAGCGUUUUCGAAAAAGUGCGUCUCUAUUGAUUACCUUUAAAAUCACGUCCUUGUUUACUUUUUACUUUGCUUUUCGUUGUGUAACUGUGAAUGAACUGUAAAGAAUAAGUAUUACGUAAGUUCAUGGGGAAAAAAUACAUUUAACUCAUUGUUUUUACUUUUAAUUUCAAAUUAAACUGAUAAGCUUUUUUGAAAAAAUGAGAUUUACUCCCCCUACUAUGUGUUUUAAUGGUGCGUUCCAAUAACAUCGGUAGUCGGGACUGCUGCGUUCUUGUUGAGAAAUACUAGUCAACAAAGCUAAUGGAAAUCUGACCUGUGGGAGCAAUGGGGAACUUGGAAAUUCCAACUGGAGCGCACUAUAACUUUGUAAAGACUGGUAUGUGUGCGGAACGUGAUGAUAAACUGAUCAUUGUAUGUAAAUUCGGCAUCACCUGAGUCAACAACCCAUCUGAAAUUCACAUAUCUGUGCAAACGUAGGGGGAAAAGUUUAAAAAAAAAAAACAA